UGAACCACCAGCACGGUUAUAACCGUGCAUCCGCCCAACAGACACCCAGUAACGAUUGCGGUUGAACGAACGCGGACGCGGCACACGAUUACUGCAACCACACACACCGUUAAAAUGCACACUGUUGCAGUUAACUGCACUGCGUCGUGAUGGGCGAGUUACAAAAAACAAAGCGCAACAGUUUCUGCCCACCGAUACACGGCGGACGACCCUUGGGGAAUGUAGCGCCUCCUCCGCUGCGUGAGUAUAUGAAUGAACAUGAUCCCGUCGUCUGCUGGGCCGACUUUUCUGGUUUCGCUGGUGCACAUUAUUGCCAACAGUGUGCUCUUGUGUCUUUCCCCGGGAGAAGAUCCGUAGAAGACCGUAGUCACCGGGUUGCAUCUUGCCAACAUCAGCAGGCGUCGCCGCGCGCAUCCGACGCGAAAGAAGAAGAGAAGGGAAAACGAAUAAAUGCAGCCGGAAAUUGGAGGCCACGCGUGUUGGUUUGUUUUUUUUUCCUCCUCAUCCAAUGCUUCAACCCUGACGUUCAAGAAAGAUUGGAUGUGGCGGUUGAGAAGAUUGUGACGAACAAAACCAGAUUCUACUCUACGAAACUGAUCCCCUCGUCGCUUGAUUGCCAUCUCUGUUACGCUGCAAACGAAGAUCCACAGCACACGAGCGCAGUGCAGUCGGAGAGAAACCAGAACAUGAUGGCCGGUGGUGUUUAUUAAUGCAGUUUGGUUGUUCGAAGCCUUUCGAUCGGAUGAAUUAACAAACUUCCGGGCUUAUGCAACCGUUCGGGGUUGCAUUCAAGUCGCGAGAGUCGGGCAGAAGAGCAGCAGCAGCAGAGAGAGCUAUUUUCGGAAUAAAUUAUUAUUAGAACCGGGUCGAAUGCAACUGUCGUGUAGCGGAUUCUGGUGGAUACCGUUCAUUUAUUAUGCAAUAUGCGUUGCAUAUAUGUGCGUGAUCUUGCAUACGAUGGAUGUAGAAAAAAAAUGGAUUUAUGAAAUAAAAAAAUGAUCUGGAUAUAAUUGCCGAAAAAGGAAGCUUCGUUAUCGUAGUUCAUUAAAAGUAGUACUUUUUACUAUAAGCAAUCUCAACUAACAUCAUUUGCAAUUUAUUGAAUUAUUAUGAUUAUGAUAUACUUAAAGCAAAUAUUAAGUGCGGGUU